UCCCUUCUCAGUCCUUCUCUGGAGCAACAACAACAACAACGUCAACUAACUGACAGAGACUCUUCACAUCUCAGAACAAGUCAGUCCACAUUUCCCUCCACUUCUAGCCCUCUAAUUUACUUAAACACUUCAAAAGAGGACAUUUAACCCCUCCACCCUGUGGCCAUGGGAGAAGACUCAUCGCAUGCCGAGCGCAGCAGCAACAACAGCAGCAUUUUGGUCAACCCCCAGCAGUACCAGGCACAGCAAGACAACAUGGACCUACUGGUGUCCAGCUUCAGCCCGAGCCCAGCUCCCUCGUCCCCCACCAACACCCUCUCCAGGCUGGGCUUGAAAACCCCUGGGAGCCUCGGACCUGGAAGUCCCACCAGUCCCACUGCCAGGGACCAGGUGAGCGCCAUCACAGUGGUGGCUCUACUCGACAAGCUGGUCAACAUGCUGGAGGCAGUGCAGGAGAACCAGCAGCGCAUGGAGUUGCGUCAGGCCGACCUGGAGGGAGCUGUACGAGGGGUCCAGGGUGACGUGACCCGCCUUUCCAAGAACCACACCAGCACAUCCAACAGUGUGAACAAGCUGCUAGAGCGCUCACACAAGGUCAACACCCACAUGAAGGAGGUGCGGGAGCGGCUGGACAAGCAGGCAUCACAGGUGAAGAGGCUGGAGGCCAACCAUGGACACCUGCUAAAGAGGAACCACUUCAAAGUUCUCAUCUUCCAGGAAGACAAUGAGAUCCCCUCCAGCGUGUUCCUCAAGGACUCCCCCAAGACACCCCAGGCCAGCCAGCUGGAGGACAAUGCCCCUGCGGCGCCUGCCCCGUCCGCCGCCGGCACAGACGCCAACCGCUCCCAGGAGGAGGGUCUCCAUACCAUCAGCUUGUCCUCCUCCGACGAUGAUGCUGGGGGUCACCACGAGGAAGACGAAGCCCUGGAGGAAGAGGAAACGCUGGGUCUGGGAGCAACCCGGCCCUCUGUUGAGAGAUCCAGAGCAGACCGGCUGAAGCGCUCUAGUCUGAAGAAGGUGGACAGCCUGAAGAAGGCUUUCUCACGCCAGAGUAUCGAGAAAAAGAUGAGCAAGAUCAGCACCAAGAUUGUGCCGACAGCGAGCCGCGAGAAGAUCAAGAAGAGCUUCACACCAAACCACCCAAAGAGCCCUGCCUCUAAGAGUUCCUCAUUCAAGGUGUCGCCAAUGACGUUCAAUGUGAAGAAGAUGCGUGGUGAAGGGGAGGACUCAACCCAGCCCGGAGGCUCGCCUAGCGGGCAUGCCCACGUGGAUAUCCCUCCCCUGGGAAGCAUGGAUGGAGAUCUGCCCCUGGCCGAGGUGCAUUCCCAGGAAGUGCUGGGUGUGGAGGGAGGAGAGGAGCUGGCUAGUCCAUCUAGCACUGGGAGCGUAGAGGCCAAGCUGACCUUCAAUGGAGAAGCAGGGGGCCUGGAGUGUCACCUGACCACUGAUCGUCCGGCGGGGCUCGCUGUCCCGGAGCAUGAUGAUGAUAUUGGAGAGGAGGAAGAGGAGGAUGACGAAGAGGAGGCGCAGGAGAGCGCGGUGGAGGUGAAAGCUCCCAUACCUUCUGCUACUGGAAUCACUGUGGAGCAAGCCUCUUAAUCGCAUCCACGUCAACCUUUGCUCCUGCACAUUCCCUGCCCUCUUUAUAUUACCAUGCCAACAGUAUAGUCAUCCCUCCGUCUUUCCAAACCAUGUUUCUGAGAUAUCUCCUAGACAGACAGACAUGCACACACACACACGCACGCAUGCACACACAUGGACACACACACGUAAUGUAUAUACACAACAUGAAAGACGUGUCCUUAGCAGACCUAUUCCUGAAAGAACUCAAGCUCCUGUGCCAGCGAUACAGGCCAUCCCCAUGCAGCUCCCUUUCUCUGCAGCUCUCUUUCGACUCCAGUCCUGCAUGCAUUAUUGAUCCAGGAGAUCCAUGGGCUGAUGCCAGAUCACCAACCUCCCCUUUAGAGAUCCUGAGUGACCCAGAGUUAUCAAGAGUGAUCAAGUGAUCCUGCAUCAUUUGCUCCUGCCUGGUGUGUUUAACUAGCUACCCUUCUGUGGGGCUACCUUAAGAAAAGAACCAGUGUGCCAAGAGACUAUUACUCACCUUCCCAACUGGAACCUUGCUUCUGUUUCAAGAGAACAGCACAUCUCCAGUACACUGAGCCAACUAUCUCUCUCUAUUUGUCUGUCUCUGCAUGGGCCUCUCUGUCUGUCUGACAGAUAGUCUCUUUGUUCCUCUGCCUCGUGUGAAUGCCGGUAAAUCUCUGGCAAAAAAGGUAAAGCUCCACAGUUUGGGGAUGGUAGCUUGUUGCCAGGCAGUCUGGGCAUUGGUAUGGUUGGUAGCUAGGUUUCUACAGCAAGGGUGGUGUAAGGCUGAAGGGAUAUAGGGCUGUAAUAUUGUCCAAAUGCUCUGCCUGAAAAUAGCUUCUUAUCUUCAUCAAGGAUAUUUUUAUUAUUUCAGAGAGCGGGUUCAAUGUAAGAAGGGGGAUAGAGAGGAAGUACGACGAGAGAAGAAAAGUCGUUUAGAGUGUUCGGAUGAGUCAAAUACAUGUGGCAAAUGCGGUGUGUUUCAUUUCGCUUAUAAUAAAACCAUUGGAAUAGUCCCAAAAAGUGCAAACUCUGCACCUCAGGCAUGUGGGUGAAGCUGAAUCAAGCACACCUUUAGGUAUUUGAAUGUUUGUGAUACAUGUAUUUGACCCAUGUCUUGAUGUAACCACACAACCUGAGUGCAGGGUAAAAAAAGAGCCAUAUAAUUGCGGCAGUUUUGUGCCAUCCCUACCUUAGUUUAUUUGCCAUAAUAAAUACUCACCAGAAAAGUGUAAAAAAAACUGCUUGAAAGUGGUUAAUGGUUCACUAGGUACAGACCACACCUUCAAUAUUUGGGGAGAGUAAGUUGAAAUAACUGUCUUGCGUUAACGUCUACUGGCGUCUACCUUAAGGCUCUACAUACUGGGACUUUCCUAAACCACCCUAUAUCAGGGCAAUUCUAAUCUUAUGUGUAUGUACAUAUUCGAUUAUGGGAUUAUCAGUGGGUAUAAUGAUUUAUAUAGAAUCAUGUUUGUUGAAUACUGUCAAACUUUAUCGGGUACUGUCUCCUGAGUAUUGUACUUCCAUAAUAUUAUAGUCUAACAAUGUGGACUUUUGGAGUUGAUCACUCACAUAAACAAGAUUUGAAUAGCAUAAACAAGCAUAAACAAGCAUUUACACAUUCUUAUAUGGUUGAAACACACACAUGCACACACAAAUCUUAAAGGAAGACUCCACCCAAAAUCUAUUUUGGUAUUUGUUUCAUUAGUCCAUUGUUGAUAUAGUCCCAAAAUGCUUUGCAUGUCAGCAAUCAAGUUAAGAUAUGUAACUUUCAAAAUACAGAAAUACAGCAGGGAUGAUGAUUGGUGGAAUUUCCCUUAAUAAACUAGCACACAUUUACAGAGGCACCCACACAGACAUUCGCACACAUGCUCCUGCACGCACGGAAGCCUUGAAACUUAGGCCUACACAAGCUGGUGUGAGUAAUUGCUGUCCGGGAGCGAGGAAUUCCUGCAUGUUUUAGAAGAUAAGAGUGAUAGUGAAAGAUUCCAUUCCUUUAAAUUCUCCUAUUGGAAUCUACUUGCUCGUAUCACUAAGGGAGGAUAGUUCAUCUAAUCUAUGUGCAGCACUUGCCACUAACUUGUGGCUACUGGUUAUAUGGUUUCAUAUCCAUAAGAUGGAAUGGAAUUUAAACCCCUCUGUGGGGAGUAUAUACAGUAUCAGCCUGAACUUCAUGGUUAGCAUCCCCUGGCCUAUGCCUUUCUGAUGACAAGUGCCUUGCAACCAGUCAGUGCCUAGUACACACUUAGGGGCCUCCAAAAUAUAUAGGUGUCUAAUGAAAUGUAAUUAAAAACAGAAUGAAACCUUUAAGCAGAUGAUGUAUUGUAUGUUAUUUCUCAGUUGAGAGAGAUCUUGGAGAAAGGGAAAGAGAGAAGGAGAGGCAGAGCAGAGAGGCAUUCCUGGGUUUGACAUAUGACUCUUUGGCAGCCCAUUUUUCACGCCCUACCCUCUCUGCCUGGACGUGGCGGCAGGGGGAACUGGGGCCCUCAUGGGCCACAGGUGUGUUGCCCCCAGGGAGGCCCCUGGGCACUGGCUCACUAGGAAGGAGGGGAGGAAGGGAGGGAGGAGGAUGAGGAGGAUACGGAGGGUGAUAGAGAGUACCUGGGUGUAGGGAGGGCAGGGAAGGGGAGGGGAGGGGUGAGGAGGGUAGAUAAGUUAGAAAAACAUUGUUUUUUGGACAGUGGGAGUAGAACAGAAAAUGGGACAGGUUGCAUCCCGAUUCUCCACACUCAGUGUCAGGAAUUUAAAAAUGGUGAAUGCCAACACCAAUUCAAUUAUUUGAAAUCCAUGAUUGGAGAAUAAGGACCCAUGUUUUGAGAGGAGGGAUAAAUUGAAGAGAGAUAUGUCCAACUGUUUGCACACCUGCAUGGCCUUACAUUUUUAACCACAAGCCAUAUACUCUUUCUAUCUAUCCAUCACAGAGACAUCUCCUCCUCUUUCUCUCCCUGUUGCUCUCUCACACAAACACACACACACAUUUUCUCUCUCCCCAUUUGUUUCACACUCAUCUUUCUCUCACUCUCUUCCAAAGCGCAGCCAAUCUCCAAUCAAUGGUGUGUAUUCAUGGAUGCCAAGGGAAGCCAGGCUUCCCCCCACACAAAAUGUACCAAUAAAAAAAUACAAAAUCAAAAUUAUUA